UCGGUUGAGAAAGAAAAACUUCCGGCCAAUCGGAGCGCUGGCUGAGUGCGCCCAAUGAGCGGGAGAGAAAGAAAAAAAACGGGCGGCCGCGGAAGCUGUGCUCUGAUUGGAUCUUUGCUGACCAAUCCGGAGGCGUUCAUUUCCCCAUUUGGACAUCCCAAGGAACCUUUGGAAUCGGAAGAAGAGAGAAACCUCUGAAGAACUCAGGAUGGGCGAAGUGGAGAUCUCGCCUCGGGCGUACGUCAAGAUGUGCCUCCAUGCGGCUCGGUACCCUCACGUGGCGGUGAAUGGACUUCUCCUGGCUGAAAAGCGCCAGCCGACAGCUGGCCCCCCCGAAUGCCUCUAUAUCACGGACUGCGUCCCCCUUUUCCACAGCAACCUGUCGCUCACCGUGAUGCUGGAGGUGGCCCUCAACCAGGUGGAUUCUUGGAGCUCGGAGUCCAAUUUGCUCCUGGCUGGCUAUUACCAAGCCAACUCUGGGAUGGAUGACAAAAGCGCUAACACCGUGGCGCAAAAGACCGCAGGGCGCAUUGCUGAACUCUACGACGACGCGGUGCUGCUCAUGUUGGAUAACCGCAAGUUCGGGAUAAACCCUUGUCUUCCUCCCCUAACUGUCCUGGAGCAGAAGGAUCGUCAGUGGCUUCCUAAAGACAAGAACCUCGUCAUGUGGACCGACUGGGAAUCCUCCCGCCACAUUUGCCAGUCUCUCCUGGAGGCCAAAGGGUACUCCCGAUUGGUUGACUUCGAUAGCCACCUGGACGACAUCAGGCAAGACUGGACCAAUCAGCAGCUGAACACGGAAAUCGCCCAACUGGUGUCCGUAGCCAACGGCAGCGCCUGAAGGAGCCGAGCCCCGUUUUGCAAAAGGAUCUUCUCAACUCUCGGUUCCCUUCCGGCUUUAACGUUAGGAGCAUCCGAGAUGCCAGACAAGCCAAGAUCGCGUGGCUGAGGCCCUGCCCCUUUUAACGGCAAGGCAGCCAUCUUGACUCUCUCUUCCCGCUGAAUUUGCUUUGAAAUUCUUUUUUUUUUAAAACAGAAAAUUAUUCCAUUUUUGCAAAGCUA